CCAUGUUUGUUUUACUGCAGCAGAAUUGUGUUCAUGCACAGUGUGAUAUUUCAGUGUCUGAGAAGCAGUGAGCAAGACAGCAGUGAUCAACAAUAAUCUUAAUUCCCAGCCCAGAAGAUCUGAGUUUAAGGAAAGAAAAAGUCAUAAAUGCUCAAACAAAGGUAUUACUUCAAAGAGGAGUUGUAAGGCAAAAGUCUCACUUGAAUGUAAAGGUACUCAAGUUCUCACACUGGUGUUUUUCUUUGAAAAGAAGAUCUAAACUUUUAAAACCAGACGGUGCUUUUUAGAGAACACAAACAGAGAGAGGAGGGGAUAAACUAAAAUAACCGAAGCAGUGAUGAAAGACUCGACUGUCUUUUGAAAGAGCAGUGUAGAAAUCUUUUCUGUUGAAAGCCCCCAAGCAACCACUGAUCUAGCUUUUGACUAAACAAAUUGAUUUCUGUGAGGAAGAAGCAACCCUGAAACUUCCUGUGGUUCUGGGCUGACUGAGAAGUGAGGGGUGCAGGGGCUGGACCUGUUGGGGGUGUGAUCUGAGCAGAAUGAACGUGUCUGGAGGUUUAAUUGAACACGUGGCUCCCUGGGGAGGUGUAGAGGAGGUGCUGCAGGGCAGGGGAGCAGCUGUGCAGAUACCCUGGCCUGAACUUUGCUGCCUUUCAGAUCUCAGUUCCUCAGUCCUACUGCACAUCACAUCCGGUCCCAAGCAGGAGGAGCUGCACUUGUCCGUGUAGGAUGUUCACUGAAGCUCCUGAAGGAGAGGGAGUUCUGCCGUCUCGGUUUGGACUCAGUGGUCUUCGUGAGUCCCUUCCAGGUCAGAAUAUCCAGUGAUUCUGUGACCCCCACAUGACCCUGGUGUAGCUGCCCAGGAGGAGUUCCUUGCAUGUACCUCUGCCACUUUGUAAAUCACCACUAAGGGCAUCUGCCCCAACCUUGGAUCUGUGUUGGAGGCUCUUCAUUUGACUUCAAACACAUUUGGGACAGCUCCUGCCUCACAUUUCCCUUUCCACUACUGCUGAACUUCUGUUGAUGCCACCAGGUAAGUUUUGAAUUUAAAUUGGUUUAGUAGAGAUAAAUGUGCUGUCCCUAUGCUCCUGGGGCUGCCAUGAUAGCAGAGCCUGGGCUAUCUUCUGGUUGUGGUGCAGGAGAGACAGGACAGGGGCUGAAGCUGUGAGUAAGGGCUGCAGGGGCUCCAUCUCCAAGGAAGAUGCCCCAGGGAAGUGGGGGACAACAAUCUUCCUUUGGCUGUGGUGUUAAACACCACUGAACUCAGGGAGAAGUGUUGAAGCUCAGGAAGUGAAAUGUGGUCGUGCUGCAGUUUCCAGUUGUCUUGCAGGGAGGUGGCUGCAGAGAGCCUGGUUCUGACUGUGCUUCAGGCUGUUUCCUGCCACAUUCCCUGAAAACUCCCUUGUGAUGGUGCCAGGGCUGUGUGCCUGCUGAUAGCUGUUUGUGCAGGGUCUGGAGGGUGGGAGCAGAGUGGUUUGGUUCCUGCCUUAGGCUGAUAGCAGUGUGUGCCUUAGGCUGGUGUCUGUGCGAGGCUGUGCCCGUAUCUGUGAGGAGCUGCUGUGGCUGAGUGGGGCUGGGAACAGCAGCCUGGGCCCUGCUCUGGCUCCUGUGCAGAGCCACAGGACAGCUCUAGGGGUGUGUGUUCCUGCCAUCAGGCAAAGCAGGAACACCUCAUCAGGCAUGUGGCAAAUCCAGGGGGCAGAGAUGCUUGGCAGCUCCUAGAAUUCCCUGGCUGAUCCCUGGCAGUGCAGCCAGAGCAGGUAGCACAGGCUGUGACAGCAGCAAGCAGGUGGAUGGGAUGUUUCCUGCCACCAACAGACUUGCUGGAUUCAAAUAUGGUAUUUAGAUACAGAUUGAUGCCCCUCCGAGGCCAGGCUUUUUCUAGGCUGAAAUGUAGAAAAUGUGCAAGAACAAUUCUCAAUAUUUUCCUUUACAAAGCUCCCAGUGCUGGAGCUGUACUGAUCAGCAGUGCUGGCAAGGCUUGGGAACCUGUUCUGAUCCAUCUUGGGAGGCUGGGGAGUGGCAGGGAUGCUAUGGAGGGGGUAUUCUGCCUCUGUGGAACUGCAGAUGCAGGUGUUCCCUUGGUCCUUACCCAGAGCAUCACACCCUGAACCCUGGGUCGAGGUUUGCUCGGUGAGGGAGUGACACCAAAGCUCUGCCCCGAGCAGGGUAUUUCCACCCUGGCCCCGAGCCCAGCCUCUCUUGAAGCUUGAUUGCCGAAAAAGUCCCUCCAGGGUGGGAUGCAGUGAGUGCACAGGCAGGAGUGGCUGUGAUUUGGUGUCACCCAUUUCUGCAGGACACAGCUCACAGGGGUCCCUGGUUGUGUGGAAUGGAGCUCCAGAUCAGCAUCGUGGUGGCUCUCCCUGUGCUCUCCCUGCUGUGUGAGGCUCUGUUCUACCUUUGCUUUGCCCUGCUCCUGAAUAAUGGAAGGCUGUAAACAGAUCCUGCCUGCCUCUCUGGUUUCCUUGGGGAGACAGGAAGAUUUGGCCACAACCCUCACCCUGUUCCUAUCCUUGUCAGGGAUCCGGUGUCCAACAAGAGCUGAGCUGGGGCAGAACUGUCACAUUUAUAACUGAAAAAACCCAGCCAAAGACAGGAGCCUUUUAGCCUCCUGCCAUACCUCUGCUACAAGGUAAAAUACCUCAAGUUCACUGCAACUUUCUUGAAGGUGACACUGUCUCCUCAGGGAUGCCUUUUUUGUCCUGCCAGUCAGGGCACAGGGCUGGGACAGGGUGAGCUGGUGCUUGUCUGGAGGAAGGUGGGGAGCUGCUUCCUCCUCACAGUGCUGGAAGAGCAGCCUGGGCCCAUUUCAGACCUGAGUGUUUCCCAGGGCUUGAGGUGUUCGUGACUGGUCUGGGGUGUCCCCACGACCAAAAAGUUUUUCCUAAGGUACUGUCACCUGCAUUUCUUCUGCAUCCAGCUCUGGGGUGCUGCUUGGGGUGUCCCAGGGCAGCUGAGGUGGCUUGGGGCUGGUUUGGGGGGAUUUUGUACCUGGCUGUUUCCAUCCUGGUCAGGUUGGGGUGUCCCUGUCCCUUCUGCCCAAAGGGAACAGUGCACAGGUGUUGUCUGAUGCCCCACGGCUGCCCCAGUGUGUUGCACCUGUGGGUGCUCAGGGCAGGGGGGCAGUCCCAGGGGUGUAUCCAUGUACUGUCCCAUCCAGGGGGUGGUGGCUUUCCCCAGACUGUGCCCUGACAUGUCCCAUCUCCCCAGGCCUCAGCCAGCAGGGGCCAUGCGAUGCUCCCUGAAACGCUCCCUCAUGGUUCUGCUCACUGCCUCCUUCCUCCUCCUCCUCCUCCUCCAUGGGGGCAGCUGGCAGGAACAGGAUCCCCUGAAGGUGCAGCUCAGGGGCCUGGAUCCUGACACGAUCCUGCAGCUGCUGCAGCCAGAGGGAGCCAGACACAUCCUCAGGGACACAGACGAGCUCUCUGCACUCCACAACGUCUCCUACCAGCUCCUUGCUGGCUCCCUGGCUCCCCGGAAAAAAUUCCUGGCAGUGGGAAUGGCAUCUGUGCAGAGGCCACGUGGUUUCUACCUGCUGGCCACGCUCCAGUCCCUGUUCAGCCAGUCCACGGAGGAGGAGCUGCAGGAGAUGGUGGUGGUGGUGCACCUGGCUGACACCGACCCCGGCUGGAACGUGCGCGUUGCCGCCACCAUCGCCCAGAAGUUCGCUCACCACAUCCUCCUGGGUCGGCUCCUGCUCAUCCACGCUCCCCCUGAGUUCUACCCCACCCUGGAAGGCCUGAAGAGGAACUUCAAUGACGCCGAGGAGCGAGUGAGGUUCCGCUCCAAGCAGAACGUGGACUAUGCCUUCCUGCUUGCCUUCGCCGCCAACCUCUCCUCCUACUACCUAAUGAUCGAGGACGACGUGUGGAGCGCCAGGUCCUUCCUGACAGCCAUCCGCAGGGCACUGGCUUCCCAGCACGGCUCCAACUGGGCCACCCUUGAGUUCUCCAAGCUGGGCUACAUUGGGAAGCUCUACCGCUCCAGUGACCUUCCUCGCCUGGCUCGCUUCCUCCUCCUCUUCUACCAGGAAAUGCCCUGUGACUGGCUGCUGGUCCACUUCCGCCAGCUGCUUGCCCAGAAGGACGUGAUCCGCUUCAGGCCAUCCCUCUUCCAGCACAUGGGCUUCUACUCCUCCUUCCAGGGCACUGUCAACCGGCUGGAGGACGAGGAUUUCCAGGCUGAUGCCUCGGACCUCCCAGACAACCCGCCGGCAUCCCUGCGCACCAGCAUGUCCGUCUUUGAGAACUACGAGCCCCACAAGGCCUACAGCUCAGCAGAGGGCUACUUUUGGGGCAAAGCCCCAGCAGCUGGUAGUACUUUUUCCAUCAUGUUCCAGCAGCCAGCCCGAGUCAGCCGUGUCCGGGUGCACACGGGCUCUGUGGAGCGCCCGGGUGAUUUCCUGCACGCAGGGCUGCUGGAGCUGGGCUGGAGCCGGCACCACAGCCAGGACUGCUCCUCCUAUGUCCCCGUGGGCUCCUUCAAGAGAGGGACCCUGGAGCAGCGGGGGCUGGAGACCGUCCUGCCUGGGCCCGUGGAGUGUGUGAGGAUCCGGGUGACCCAGGACCAGAGCGAGUGGCUCAUCAUCCAGAGCAUCGACAUCUGGACCACAGCAGGCACUUGAGCACAACAACUGUGGCAGGAUCUCAAAGCACCUGCAUUUGGUUCUAAGAGGUCCUGUAUUUUUCACAUUCCCUUUUUGGAUAAGAAAUUAAAUUACUGACUCCCACAGCCCCAUGUCUGGAGAGACGGGAAGCACUGCUGUGGGCUGUGGAUGUGUUUAGGGACCCAUCAGGAUGUGCCUGCCUGGGGGAUGCUCCAGUGAGCCAGGGAGGGGGCACAGGGAGGGGAAGGGGCUUGGGAAUUCAAGGCUGGGAAGUAGAAAACCUUUCCUCCCAGGACAGAUGAUGUACAGCACAAAGCUGAUCAACUAAUUAACAAACCAAGUAAUUAA